UAGGGUGCGCUUCUGUCAUUUUACUGUGCAUCGUUUUUUUCCAGUCGUCAAGAAAAUCGAAAGACGUAAAGAAUAUUAUUUAAAAAAUAUAAAAAAUGGCCGGAAUUGUAAAAAACAUUCGUGCCCUCACAAGAAAUACUUAUUAUCUAAGAACAUAUUCACUAAGGCCGCUAGCUGUUUCCAUAAAUAAGUUUCAUACUGCACGACAGGAGCCUGUUAAACAACACAAUUUAUUAUCAUCCACACAGAGACUCAUUACGCCACAUGAGCGAAGUUACAGUUCCAAACCGCCACUGACCUUAAAACUCAUUACAGACCGAGUACUCUUAGUCUUAAAAUUGUACGAUAAAAUUAAUCCCGACAAGUUGAACUUGAAUUCCCACUUUAUAAACGAUCUUGGCCUAGAUUCGUUAGACCACGUCGAGGUAAUAAUGGCAAUAGAGGAUGAGUUUGGUUUCGAAAUCCCAGAUGCCGAUGCGGAGAAGUUGCUGAAACCUGCAGAUAUCGUUAGGUACGUUGGUGAUAAAGAAGACGUUUACGAAUAAACGCAGAUAGACUAUUUGUGCUAGUUUUUUAUUAUUUCCCCUUAUGUUAGGCCCAAAGUAAUUUAUGAUAUGAAUGUAUAUUACUUCCUGUACAUCGUUUUUUGUUAAUAAAGUAUUUAAUUUGCCAAUCCA